CCCAUAUGUUCACGAGAAAUUUAAUUCACAGAAUAUUUGUUUAUGAAUCACUAGCUUCUAUCUAGACUUACUCAGCGUGCAUAAAUGGAUAUGUACCAUAUACAGAACAAUAUUGAUCUAAUACAAGUUGUAUUAUGGGCAUCCUAUCUACAAAACUUACACAUGUCCUGCUACAACUGUCUAUACUUAUAUCAAUAUCAGUCUGCUGUUACGCCCACACUGACGGAGCUUACAUGAGAAAUGCGGAUGAUGGUUUUACCAACAGAAUCAGCUGGAUGAGUGAGAUUCACGAUGACGUCAUGCUGAGCGAACUGGCACUGCCUGGCACACACGAUAGUGCCACGUUCAACAACAACGUUUUAGAGGACAUCGUAACAACACAAGUCCUUACCUUUGACGAACAGUUUAAAUACGGGAUAAGAGUGUUUGAUAUGAGAGUAAGGCACAUCAGUAACGCUUUUGUGUUACACCAUGGUCUUGUAUAUGUGAACUUAAAUUUUGACGAUUUCUUAAAAUCCGUUGAGAGGUUUCUACGAAAUAAUCCAUCCGAAACGGUUCUUUUUAGGCUUAAAGAAGAGCACGAGCCAGAUAAUAACACGAGAAGCCUAGGAGAUACUUUGAAAGAUUACUUGGGAAAGUACAAACACGUGUAUUUAAACACGAAGGACAAAAACAUUCCAUUGGGAAGUGCCAGGGGAAAGUUCAUUAUACUCUCGGACAACAAGGAAUUUCACGAUUUUGGAAUGGACUACAAUAGCUGUGAUAUACAAGACGAUUACAAUUUGAAGACUAACUGGGACUUGUACAGCAAAUGGGAAAAGAUUAAGUCACAUCUUGAGAAAGCUAUAAACGGGGAUAAAAACACGAUGUAUAUUAACUACUUGUCAGGCUCCGGCGGGUCAUUCCCCUAUUUUGUCGCCAGUGGCCACUCCUCCAGAGGGACUUCUGCUCCUAGACUGGCGACUGGCUUGACUACUCCUCUUUUCAAAAAUAGCUAUCCUGAUUUUCCCAGGAUUUCUUGCCUGAUUGGUAUAUGUACGAUAGCAUUUGAAGGCACGAAUAUUUUGACUAAGGAUAAAAUAAUUGAGUACAAUGAGAAUGAAAAGAUGUUUAAAAGAACUAUUGGAGUGAUAAUAGCUGAUUUUCCAGGCGAUUUGUUAAUAGACACUAUUAUACAAAACAACAAGUUUUUAGAAAAAUAAACGUUUAUCAAUACAUUAAAUCCUGAAUAGGUUAUUAAAUAUUAUUUAAAUGUUA